GAAAAGCAGGGUUAUGUGUAAUUUGUAAUGAUAUUUUAGAUAGUGUAGUAAAAUAAAAUGAUAAGAUAUUGUAAGAAUUAUUCUAAUUACAUAAAACACCAUUUUAAAAGAAACUGUAGCACAAAAACUACAAGUGUUAUAAACAUUCUGAAGCUUCCUAAUGCCGGAGAAAAGAUUUCAGUUAAGGGAUGGGUGAAGGCUAUACGAAAACAAAAAGAAAAUGUUUUUAUAGAUCUAAAUGAUGGCUCAACUGAAAAAAAAUUGCAAAUAUUAAUACCUCAUAAAUGUGUUCCCAAAGGUUUAAGUACUGGAUCGUCUAUAUCUGCUGAUGGUAUACUACAUUUCUCUCCAAAAGGGCAAAUUGAGUUAUCCACUGAAAAUAUUAACAUCAUAGGCCCUUGUUCAGUUGCCGAUGGCUAUCCUAUCGCGCCAAAAAAACAUUAUUCGCCUGACUACACUAGGCAAUAUCCGCACCUCAGGCCAAGAACUAAAAUAUUUUCGUCUUUGCUAAGAGUUAGAAGUGAGGCAGUAUUGGCUAUAAAUAACUAUUUCAAUUCUAGGGGUUACGUAUAUAUACAUACUCCAGUUUUGACGUGUAAUGACUGUGAGGGUGCUGGAGAGGUAUUUAAAGCCAUUCCUGAUAACGUGAACUUGUUAAAGCAGAUGGCGAAAGAGGAAACACUAUUAGAAGAAGCAUUUUUUGAUAAAAAAGUUUUUUUAUCAGUUUCUGGGCAAUUACAUUUAGAAGCCGCAGCUCAUGGAUUAAGUAAAGUUUAUACGUUAGGGCCUACUUUUAGAGCAGAAAACUCUAGGUCUAGACUGCAUUUAUCUGAAUUUUAUAUGCUCGAAGCAGAAGUUGCAUUUCUUGAUAAAAUAGAAGAUGUUAUGGUAAUAAUAGAAGAGUUCAUGAAAAAUGUAACAAAAACACUGUUAGAAACAUGUGAGAGUGAUAUUCAAGUCUGUCGUGAAAAAACCGUGGAUAUGUCGUGGGUAAACAAAAACUUUGCUGUGCUGGAUUAUGACGAAGCUGUAGAUAUAUUAAGAAAUAAUAGGCAAAAAUUUAAAGAUGAAUUUUAUGAACAGAGCGGCAUAUCAAAGGAACACGAAAUAUUUUUAGUUCAUUACUGCGGUGAUAUUCCCACUUUUAUAAUUAACUGGCCUAAAGCUAUCAAACCGUUCUAUAUGAGAGAAUGUGAAGGUGAUAAUGAAAAGGUGGCUGCACUGGAUUUACUGGCUCCAGGAGUUGGGGAAAUAGUUGGAGGAAGCUUACGUGAAAAUGACUAUAACAAAUUAAAAGAAAAACUACCUGAAGCUGGAGCAAAAUUGGAUUGGUAUUUAGACUUGAGGAAAUUUGGAGGUGUUCCCACUGGAGGAUUCGGAUUAGGUUUUGAAAGAUACCUGUUAUUUCUUUUAGGAAUAAAUAACAUUAAGGAUACCCUACCUUUCCCAAGGUGGCCACAUAACUGCAAUUUAUAAAUUAAAAAUUUCCUUUUA